GAGAGGGGGAGGGAGAGAGAGAGAGGGCAUAUUUGAUAUUACAUACGCAAUAGGCAUACACACUUGCUCACAGACAUGGGACCAUUGUCCUUCGCUUAAAAUUUGAGCUUUUUCGUGGACGACACGAUCCGAGUCUGCCGCUUCUCCCCUCUCCUCCUUCUUCUUCACUCUUUCUCACUGUCUUCUUCUCCUAAGGCCUCACUCCCAUCCCAGCUUCCUCUUCUCAGCUUCCCCAGAAUCCCAUGGAAAUGGAGGAUCACCACAACAAUCACCAUCAUCCCCAGCAAUAUGCCAUGCCGGAUCUCAGGCAGCUCAUCAAUGGAGGUCCCAGGUCGACUGCCACCCAUUUCCCCUCCAUACCUGCGCAGCCCACGGCGGAGCUCUUCCAGCCUCAUCGGAAUCUCACGCCCGCCCACCAUCAGCACUAUGACAUGAUGAUGUUUGGUCGUCAUGUCGCCGAUGUAAUGCCUCGUGCCCUCCACGACUUUGCCUCCGAUUCACCUCCCGCCGCUGCUCCACCCACUAACAAUAUCACUGUAGCCACUCCGGCUACCACCGCCAGCGCUUUCACUCCUCCGCUCAGUGCCUUGGAGGCUGAUACCCCGGGCUGCCUCGCUGGGGAUGCCUCCACCGGAAGAUGGCCCAGGCAGGAAACACUCACUCUUCUUGAGAUCAGAUCUCGUCUCGACCCUAAAUUCAAAGAGGCCAACCAAAAGGGCCCCUUGUGGGACGAAGUCUCCAGGAUCAUGUCGGAAGAAUAUGGGUACCAAAGGAGCGGGAAGAAAUGCAGGGAAAAAUUCGAGAACCUGUACAAAUAUUACAAGAAGACAAAGGAAGGUAAGGCGAGGAGACAGGAUGGGAAGCAUUACAGGUUCUUCCGGCAACUGGAAGCUUUGUAUGGAGGAAACAGCAACUCAACAUCAGUACCAGAAACCAAUUAUGGUAGCUGCGGAAUUCGCUUCCAGACACCCUCCCAAACAAAUCAAGACAUGUUUCAGUCUCACAAUCACAAGACUUGUGAUAGCCUCAGCCUCACAAACUCAACGGAUUUCGGGACUUCAUCAUCGGAGGACAACAAUCUUUGCAGCAUGGAAAAUGAUUCCACGGAAAAGGGGAGGAAGAGGGGCGGUGGAAGCAGAUGGAAGGCAAAAAUAAAAGAGUUCAUUGACUCACAGAUGAAGAAGCUGAUCGAGAAGCAAGAGGCGUGGAUGGAUAGGCUCGUGAAGACGCUUGAGCAGAAGGAGAAGGAGAGGGUUUUAAGAGAGGAAGAAUGGAGAAGACAAGAGGCUACAAGGCUGGAAAUGGAGCAAAAGUUUCGGGCUAAAGAGAGAGCAUGGAUUGAAGCAAGGGAUGCGGCUCUAAUGGAUGCCUUGCAGAAGCUAACGGGAAGAGAGGUAAAAGCUCAGUCUCCAGUUGAUCAGGCUCUAAUCAUGGCUAAUGAAAUUCAGAAUCAAAGGGAGAACCAGAACGAAGAGGGAAGUGAAAUCCUAAAUGGCAGUCAUAGAGGCGGUGACAACUGGUCAAAAAGUGAGAUUACAAGGCUGGUGGAGUUGAGGGCGGAGAUGGAGUCCGGGUUUCAGCAAAAUGGGUGUUCGGAGGUUCUGUGGGAGGAAAUAGCCAACAAAAUGGUUUGCAUUGGCUACGAAAGGACUGCUUUGAUGUGCAAACACAAGUGGGAAAGCAUAACCAACUAUACAAAUGCCAAGGAAGGAAACAAGAAGCGCAAGGAAAAGUCUAAGAGCUGUUUUUACUUCGACAGCAACAUCAAUGACCAGCCAUCCUUGUAUAACCAAGGAACUGCUACGUUUUGUGAUAUCAACGAUCAACGGCACGACAAUGAGAGGCUACAAACAAACGAUGGCUCUUCACCUUCCAAUGCCAACGCGGUUACGGCUGACGUUAACUGCUUUCCCUUCUUUAUUAGCACCGAAGGAUCAGAAAAUUUGUGGGAAAACUAUGGGUUGAAGAUUAAUAAAGGAAGUCAAAACCAGUGAGUCAGAUCAUGGUUGAGUCUUUACAGCCACGGAGAUUAAUUUGGCACUUUUUUUCUGAUAUGUACGCAAGAGCCAACUGAGGAUUUAUAUAUAUAGAUUGAUGAAAAAUAGCCAAGUAGGCGGUCCAUCCAGCUCAUUAUAUAUUAGUGGGCAUUUAGGACAAAAAUAACGAGUCCAACUGUUGUACGUUUUAUGAGGGAGAUGAAGUCGCACGGGUUCACUUAAAUGUGUUCAAAUCAAAUGUGACUCCAAUUCAGGUGAGUUUCUUUCAACCCAUAUUUUCCGUUUUCUUGUAGGCAUUCGAAUGGAGUCGCAUUAAUUUCGUGUUACUUGCACCAUCAAUUAAUGUCUAUAUUAGUUGGUCUUUUUUCUUCUUUCCCUGUAAAGUCGAGAUAAGUGAACUGUGCGUCUCUGCAGCCUGUGCCUGUGUACCGAAUGAAGAUGAACUGUGUAUUUCUGCAUCA